CGGAGUAGUAACAUAAUCAUCUUCAGCAGCUAGAAUGUCUUGUCAACGUGUGCUCGUCUUGGUGCUCCUGGUUUUCCUAUCACUUAAUAUUGUGCAGAAUGAAGCUGCAUCAUUUCCCUUCUCUUGCCCCACUCUGAGUGGAGUCUGUCGAAAAGUUUGCCUACCAACAGAGAUGUUCUUUGGACCACUUGGCUGUGGAAAGGGAUUCUUGUAA